CCUCUCGUCUCUCUCUCUCUCGGCGGCUCCUUUCUCGGUCGUUCGUAUCGGAAAGAUCGAUAUCCCCGUGUUUGCUCAAGUCUUCCCCAUCUUACCUUUCGAGUGCGAUUUUUUUGUCUCUGUAUCUGAGGUGAUGGCUACUCCGGAAGAAGUCGAGUAUGAGAAGUUUCUAGAGAGAGUUCGGCGUACUGUCUAUAUAGACGAGCUCACACCUCUUGCCACAUAUCCGGUUAUUGAGGCUGCGUUUAACCAGUUCGGGACUGUCAAGAGUGUCAGCUUCAUUCCAAACUUCUUGGGUCCAAAGGAGCUUCCUAUUGGUGUUCUAGUUGAGAUGGAGACCGAAGAGAUGGCCAAGGAUGUUACCGCCACUGUCACUCAGUUACCUUUCAUGGUUGCUGGAAUGCCCAGGCCUGUGAGAGCUACUCCUUCUCAUCCUCAUAUGUUUGUUGAUCGACCUAAGAAGCCUGGUAGAAAGAUCCGUUUUCGCUGGAUUAACCCCAAUGAUCCUGAUUUCGACAAGGCUAAGAAAAUGAAGCGGCUUGUUCGUAAACAUACUGCUGAAACUUCUUUUAUGCUCAAGAAACAGCUCGAGGAGGCAGACAAGCUGUCUAAACAGCAAGCUGAGACCGCCAUAACACAUCAUAAGAAGUUUGAGAUGUGUGAUAAACUCCUCCACGAUGGUGUUGCUCAGAAACUGGCUGACUGCUACAACAUCAAGUCUUAUCCUUAUCGCUAGAGAGGCACCAUUUCCUAGUGAUGGGUACUCUGCCAAUUGUAAUAGGUACGAUAAGAGGGUUAAGAGUCUAACUAAGUAGUAGUAAGGGAAAACUGCUGUAAGAAUUUCUGAAAACCGAGGGAUGGUAUUUUGCUUAGGAGAUUAGGUGUAGGGAUCUUGAUACCUUUCUCUGUGAUGGAUGUGAUGAACUGUGUUUCUAGAGGACAAUAGGAUAUGUUUUUAGUUUAACCUUCAUCUCCUCUUACUCUGAAUGCUCAAGCGAAGCAAUAUUGAAGCUUUAGAGACAUGUUCUACUCUCUUUUACUCCGCUUCUUUUUAUA